AUGUGCGAGGGCAACGGCCACCCCACCAGCGUGGGCCUUGCUCGGUCUUACAGGGAGGGCAAUGGGGCGAGCAUCGCAGCACCUCUCCAGGCCGCCUUCGGCAACUCCAUGUGCGAGGGCAACGGCCACCCCACCGCAGUGGGCCCUGCUCGGGCUUACAGGGAGGGCGACGGGGCGAGCGUCGCAGCACCUCUCCAGGCCGCCAGCAGCAACUCCAUGUGCGAGGGCAUCGGCCACCCCACCGCGGUGGGCCUCGCUCGGGCUUACAGGGAGGGCAACGGGGCGAGCGUCGCAGCACCUCACCAGGCCGCCAGCAGCAACUCCGUGUGCGAAGGGAUCGGCCACCCCACCGCGGUGGGCCUCGCUCGGUCUUACAGGGAGGGCGACGGGGCGAGCGUCGCAGCACCUUACCCUGCCGCCAAGGGGAACUUCAUGUGCGAGGGCAUCGGCCACCCCACCGCUGUGGGCCUCGCUCGGGCUUACAGGGAGGGCGAUGGGGCGAGCAUCGCAGCACCUCACCAGGCCGCCAGCAGCAACUCCAUGUGCGAAGGCAUCGGCCAUCCCACCGCGGUGGGCCUCGCAAACAGCAGGCCCUUCCCCCUGGGCAUACGGGGUGUGCGCACUGGCACCUGA